AUGGAGAAAGAUAAUGCUAAAGAAUGUUUUUUGUGUCAGGAAGUGUUAGGAGUAGAUGAUUUGGCAUUUUUUCCUUGCACAUGUGACUACCAGGUAUGCCGAUUUUGUUGGCACAGUCUUAAAACAAAUGGUGACGGAUUAUGUCCACAAUGUUGGAAACCUUAUCUUAAAAAUCCAGAAAAUUUUACCUUUUUAUCACAAGAUGAAAUAACUGCCUUAAGAGCGAAAAGAAAUCAAGACCAACAUCGUCUUGAAAAUCAAAAAUAUCUGGCUAAUCUUCGAGUACUACAGAAAAACUUGGUUUUUGCUACUUGUCUUCCGAACAGUUUAGCAGAUUCAGAUAUAUUAAAGAGAUAUGAGUGUUUUGGCCAAUAUGGGCAAAUUUUAAAGAUUACUAUCAAUAAGAAUGCUUUAUAUUUAGGGCAAAGAGAGCAUAUGCCCAGUGCAUACAUUACUUAUUAUCACAGUAAUGAUGCAAUGCGAGCAAUUCUAGCUCUAAAUAAUACACGAGUUUAUGGAAGAUGCAUUAAGCCGCGUAUGGGUACUACUAAGUACUGUACCCAAUUUGUGAAGAAUUUACCAUGCCUUAGAAGAAACUGCAUUUACCUUCAUGAUUUUGACCCCGAAGCAAGUUUUACGAAAGAGGAAAUUAUUGUUGGGGAACAUCAUAAAUAUGAAAAACGACUGCUUGAUAAAUUCUGUCAGAAAAUUAAUGAAAAAUCUGCACUUGCAAAAAUGCAUAAUAAAGUUCUGCCUUUAGUCAAUUCAUCAGGAAUACAGGCCCAAUAUACAUCAAAUCAAAUUGAGCAUUUCUACUUUUUGGACGGAACACCCGCAAAAUUACUAGAUUAUCAACCUUUGCAGCAAAAUGUAGAUUAUUUAUAUAAAAACAAUGGUAUUCAGUCUAAUAUUGAAGGACAAGGACUACUAGAUGACAAAUUAUAUGAGUCAACUAAAAUUUCAAAUUCCACACCUUACGCAAUAUCGGAUGAUGAUCUUGAUUUUGAUCCCAUCGAAGAGGUUCAGAAAGCAUUUGCAUCAAUAGAUAGUGAAACAAAUUUUGAACAAAAUUCUAAUAGAGAAUACAAGAAUUAUGAAGAUAAUUCUAAUCAGAAGAUUCCUUUGCUAUCAAGUACCAUUUCAAAUAAGAAUACAUUCGACAUUGAAAUACCACCGGAACAGAAAAGAAGCAUCCAAUCUCGACCUGAUUUUAAUAUAAACUACGCGUCAAAUACAAAACAGGAAAUUCCAGUUUCUGUACCACAACAGCAACAAACCGGUGAAAAUAUAGGUAUGGUUUAUGAUAGGGCAAAAUGGGACUUAGCCUUGAUGAGAAUUUCUGAAAUCCUUGACCAAACUUCAAUUGGUGUACAUGAUACAAACUAUCUUAGACAAAGAUCAGUGUCGGAUAAUAGCAAUAUAAGCCAAAACGCUAUGAACGACAAUUAUGGUUCAUGCCCAACAAAUGCGCAUUUGGAACAUUUUUGUAAUGAUCAAAUUUAUAGUCAUAAUGCUCUAGUAGGUAUACCUCAGCAUGCAAAUAUGAUCCCAUUCACAGAUGUGUACAAUAAUGUUCAUCGUUCUAUGAAUAUGCCUAUGCCUAUACAAAAUCUGUGGCAAAAUGCAGUGCAAGAAUCGCAUGAACAAUCUUCAAUCCAGAAUAAACCAUAUGUCAAUGAUAGUACACCUGUAGAAAUCAAUGACAAUAAAGAAGAUUAA